AUGGGGAAGACGAAUUAUAAGCAGCUGAAAGGAAGCCAGAGCUUUAGGCAGAGGCUACUUCUAUCGACCCUUUCUCGUAAGGCUAUCACCAUCAAAGAGAUUCGUGCCGAUGAAACGAUACCUGGCCUCCGCACGCACGAGAUGUCUCUUCUCCGCCUCUUCGAAACUGUCUGCGACGACGGCGUCGUCGAGGUUAACGAGACCGGGACUCAAUUGAAGUAUAAGCCUGGAACCAUAAUGGGAGGGAAGAAUUUGGUUCACAACUGUGCUCUGAGUCGAUCCAUUGGAUAUUAUGUGGAGCCAUUGCUUGUCUUAGGAUUAUUUGCAAAGAAGCCUCUUUCCAUUAGGCUCAAAGGAAUUACAAAUGAUCCAAGAGACCCGAGCGUUGACACAAUCCGCUCCACUACGUUACAUAUCUUAAAGCGUUUUGGAGUCCCUUCUGAAGGUUUGGAGCUCAAAAUCGAAGCACGUGGAGUGGCACCAAACGGAGGUGGAGAAGUUCUCUUAACAGUUCCAAACGUUCCGAAGUUAACUUCUGUUGAGUGGAUGGAUGAAGGAAUGGUUAAGAGGAUACGUGGUCAGACGUUCUCUGCAAAAGUGUCUGUCGACUUUGAACACUCCAUGAGAUAUGCUGCUCGUGGAAUCUUUAACAACCUCUUGCCUGAUGUUCACAUUUUCCAAAGUCACGUCAGUGGCCUUGAAGCUGGAAAAUCUCCUGGAUAUGGAAUAUCACUGGUAGCAGAAACAAAUUCAGGGUGUUACAUUUCUGCGGAUACAACAGUGUCUCUUGGAAGAAUAGAAGAAACAGAGGAGCUCGAUGCGGAGGAGAAGCCAGAGAGAAAGCCAGCAGCGGACACAGGAGAUGAAGUAGCUUCAUGGCUUCUUCAGGAGGUUGAAAAAGGCGGAGUUGUUGAUUCAACACACCAGGGAUUGUUGUUUACACUGUGUGCGCUAUGUCAACAAGAUGUUUCAAAGGUUCGAGUGGGAACGUUAGCUCCUUAUGCAGUGGAGACGUUGAGGAACAUAAAGGAGUUUUUGGAAGUUACUUUUGAUAUCAAACCUGAUCCUUCGACUGGAACUGUCAUUCUCACUUGCGUUGGAAGUGGCUUGCCUAAUCUCAAUAGAAAGCUGUCUUGA